AUGGUGAUAAGGCAGCAUAGUGAAAACUGUGAUGACAAAAUGAUUAUGCUUAUGAAGUGCUCUUCCCUGGCAGGCAGUGAGGUUAAAAAAGCUUUUCUCUGGCAGGUGGUGAGCUACAGCUACCUGGCUGCACCUCAAGGCCAAAGCCACUCCAAAGAUGUGGUCUAUGGGUCUGGUGCAGCAGCCAAGCUUCCUUCCUCUGGCCACAGUUUCUCUGCCAGAUCUCCAACUCUUGGCCAGACACUUUCACUGGAAACUCAGAAAUCUGGUCAUACAGCAACUCCUGGCCAUGCCUCAGACCAUACUCAUCUCAGCACUACACCACCUGUUAUUACUGGCUUCGAGUCCUCAAAAUUAUCUCACAUAUCCCCUUCCCCAUUAGUCCAUUCCUCAUCAUUCUCUGCACCAUCACCUUUUUUCUCCUCAUCCUUCUCACCUUCUGCUCACUCAUCAUCUCCCCCACAACCAUCACUCCCUCCUGCCUCUCCAUUUACUCAUCCUGAAGUCAUAUUUGCCAUGCACCAAACUUCUGCCACAGUUCACUCUGCUGAUCCCAGCCAAUUUAUCAUCAAGGACUCCACUUUCCAGGAGGCUCUGGAAUGUAACUCCCACAGAUGGCAGGGAAACACUGCAUAUCUUCCCUCCCACAACAGCGAUGCACUUAAUGAAUUGGGCCAAGAUAAUUAGUGAAAGCUUUCUGUGUUAAAGAGAUGCAGCUAGUGAGCCAAUAUAUAUACUGAUCGUUCAAUUAAUCCUUUAUGUCAUAAAACUUCUCUGAAAAAAUCUAGUGAAUAAUUUUUCCUCUAUCACUGCACUGUCCUUGAUCUAAAUUACAUAUUAAAACUA